ACAGUGCAGAUCAAGCAUAGAUCGAACGUAGAUCACAGAUUCUUAAUUUUGUCACUUUGUUACCCGAGGUUCCUCUUCAUACACUUAAAAAUGGCAAGAAACGCGGAAAAGGCUAUGACCAUGCUUGCUCGCUGGUAUGACCUUCAAAGAAAGGAAGCGGGCAAGGGGAUCAAGGAACGAAGGCCAUUUCUAGCAACAGAAUGUGAUAAUUUACAAGAAGCUGAAAAGUGGAGGCAGCAGAUCAUACGAGAAGUUGCAAAGAAAGUUGCCCAGAUCCAGAAUGCUGGCCUUGGUGAAUUCAGAAUCCGGGAUCUAAAUGAUGAAAUUAACAAACUUCUACGAGAAAAGAGGCAUUGGGAGGACCGCAUUAAAGAGCUUGGAGGGCCAGACUAUGCUAAAAUUGGACCAAAGAUGCUGGACCAUGAAGGGAAAGAAGUACCUGGGAACAGAGGAUACAAGUAUUUUGGAGCUGCCAAAGACCUUCCUGGCGUCAGAGAACUUUUUGAGCAGGAACCACCAGCACCUCCAAGGAAGACAAGAGGAGAACUUUACAAAGAUGUUGAUGCAGACUAUUAUGGCUACAGAGAUGAGGAUGAUGGUGUGUUGGUUCCAUUGGAACAAGAAGUUGAAAAGGAAG